CCGACGAUACGCAGGAGUCGAUGGACGCGGACGAGGGGAAUGGCACCGCAUCGCGCGCUCGGCCGCCCGUCACCGACACCGCGCUGCUGUCGAAUACCCCUUUCACGAGCCUCCCGAGCAGCCGCAGCGUGAGCGAGACGUCUAUCCCCCCGCCGGUCCCCGCCAAGGACGCCAUCCGCACGCGCGAGGAGCUCAUUAUCGAGAAGAGGCGCGAAGCCCGGAGGAGGGAGCUGGACGAUGAUUAUUUACCGCCUUCGACCUCGAACCUUGGUCACGGCCUGCCUUCGACGGCCAACAUCGCUGGGAGACCCAGCCGUCGCCGCAGCAUGAGCACCGGGGACGCGCUGGAUAUGCUCGCGCAGAGGCGGGCGUCGGAUAUGAGGGAUAGCAAGUUGCUGGAUGUGCCGCUCGAGGCUGAAGAUGACGCGCUGGGCGACAGCAUAGACAGAGAGCUGAGGAAACGCGGCGGGAAUGAGCAGACCAGAUACCGAGUUCGAGAGCGCGAAGAGACGAUAUAUGCGUCAUCCGACACUGACCGUAUCAGGCAUAUGCAGAGUGCCGGUGAUCUAGACAGCGGGCAGGCUUGGAGGACGGUGAGGAGACCGUCAGAUAUGAACGAGUAUGCGAAGCAAAUCAAGGAGUACCGCGCACAAGACAAGUCAGGGAAAUCGUACGGCAAGGUCUUUGUAAAAGUCGUUGGUGUCAAGGAUCUGCGCGUACCGAUACCUCGGGAACCUACGGUCAUGACAUGCACUCUGAACAACGGCAUCCAUUAUGUUACGACGCCCGAGUGCCCAUUAUCACGCGACUGUCAUAUUGGUCAAGAGUUUGAACUGAUUGAACAUCCCAAGUUGGAAUUCACGCUGACGCUAAAAGUGCGGCGUGACGCGCACAUCGUCUCCAUGUGCAAGGCCCUGGCGCCGCCGCCACCUGUGCGCCAGCCACCACCCGCUCCACCGCCUUCAAAAGGAGGCCUCAGGAGCUUUUUCUCUUCGCCAAAGAAGACAUCGCAUGCGGCCAACCGUCUGCGAGAGGUGCCUCCUCCAGCACCGCCUGAAAUCAAAGAGAACCUCGCGCGCUAUCUGAAGCCUGACGGCGUAUUGGCCCGCGCAUUCAUCUCUUUCAAGGAUGUCGCGAGCCGAUGCGACACGAAACUAUUCGAGACGAGUUUGCCUCUCCUGGGGCAGCGACUGGAAACGGCAUCGAAGAUGAUAACAACCCAAGUCGGUGAAAUCACGCUUCAGAUAUUCCGACUGCCCCCUCUUCCUGGUAUCCCGCAGGACAAACUCCCGCAAAGCCUGGAAGAAUGCCACGACGGUCUCAGGCACAUCCAUUGGCACAAGCAAACAUACUUUGAAGGAACGUUGACGCAGUCUGGAGGCGAUUGCAUGACUUGGCGACGGCGACCGUUCCGAGUUAUCGGUGCGAGCUUGGUAGCAUUCAACGACGUCACCAAGCGCGCGACGGCCACUAUCGAUCUUAAGAAGGCACUCGCUGUCCGUGACGACGAGGAAGCUGGAACCAUGGUACCAACUGGGCGAUAUUCGGGCGACGACUCGCUCGUCGGGAUGGAACGGUCCUUCCGCAUCCUGUUCCCGAUGAACCAAGAGAUCGUGUUCUUCGCCGACACGGAUGAUGAAAAGAGGAGAUGGCUUGAAGUCUUACGAGCAUUAGUCGGCCGUAUACCCCCGAACCCGCUAUGGGCCGAACUCAUCUGGCAGAGGCAACUCGAGAUAGCCAAGCACAAGAACACGUCCUCUAUUUCCAGCCCCGUUGCCCCAAGUGGCCUGGUGCCCUCUCGGCCUAAUCGGUAGUGUAGUGUUGACAUGUUUUCUCAUUCCAUCUGCACUUGACCUCUGCACCUGCUGUCGAC